CUGUGAUAGCCUGCACAUGCGCAUAAGGAGAAAAAUUCGUUACAGUGGAAGACGAUUUUGGACACGAUCGUUCGUAUUUCGGGGACCAUGUCCCACGACCAGUCGUCCCUUUUGCUUAGAAAACAGCUCGCAGAGCUUAACCGCAAUGCUGUAGAGGGAUUUUCUGCUGGACUUAUUGAUGACAAUGACAUCUACAAAUGGGAGGUUGUCAUUUACGGCCCACCAGACACAGUCUUUGAAGGGGGAUUUUUCAAAGCACACUUGCUGUUCCCCAAAGAAUACCCUCAUCGCCCUCCAAAGAUGAAGUUUGUGUCAGAAAUAUGGCAUCCAAACAUUGACAAAGAGGGCAACGUUUGCAUCUCCAUCCUUCACGAGCCAGGGGAUGACAAGUACGGCUAUGAGAAAGCGUCAGAGAGGUGGCUGCCAGUCCACACUGUGGAAACAAUUCUCAUCAGUGUAAUAUCCAUGUUGGCAGAUCCCAACGAUGAAUCCCCAGCAAAUGUUGAUGCUGCUAAAGACUGGCGAGAGGAGCCAGAGGUAUUCAGAAAGAAAGUUGCCCGCUGUGUACGUAAGAGUCAGGAUGAAUUAUGAUGGCAGCACACAUUAUCAUCAAGUCAUUUUUCAGGAAAAGAUUUCAAGAUAACAAGGCAAAGAAAAUACCUGUUUCUCAUUUGAAUUAGUAUGCAUGUGGCCUCGAGCUAUCCAGCCACACUUCAGUACUGUACAGUCCAUUGAUUUCUCAUCCAUCCAAAUUCUCAUUUCCUUACCAUGAUGAAGUACAUACGAUGAUGUAAAUAUAUUAUAUACAUAAAUACAAUAACAGUGCUGCCAGUCAGUUAUAAAUAGCAUUUAUUGUAGGUUUUCUCUCAGGGCUGUAGUAUUAAUGAAAUAUAACAUGCUUUUUUAUUGCUUUCCGUUAUCGUUUGUUUGAAUUAAAUUUGUCAACGGUAUUAUUCUCAGAUUUACUAAGGUUAUAUGUUAUGCCAGAACGUUAUUUUUUAUUAAAUUUUGUUAUAGAUAUUGUUUUGACUUCUCAGAGACUCUUUGAAACUUUCCUAUAUUUUUUUAUCAGUUGUUUCCAGGAAUAUGAUGCAGGAAGUGAAUUAUGUGGUAUUUAAGAAUUGGUAAUCUGUGUUUGAAAGAAAGCAUUUGUAACUACUUGAUAUUUUCCCUGCUGUGUCUCAACUGAUGACUGAAUGUGCAUGACAGGACCUUCUCUACAGCCCUGAGGUUAAGUUAAUGUUUUGGUGUAUUGGGUUUGGUAGUGUAUGCUUUUUCAUUUUUACUUGUUGUCCUUUUAAAGUCUAAUACAAAGAUAUCCUUCUAUUUAUUGGAGAAAUGUACCAAAUAUAUUAAGCUGUUACAGUGUAAAGCUUCAAGUUGGCUCACUGUUGUUAUCUUUGUAUUAGAUGAAAUAUAUUUGUCAAAAUAAUGGUUUGAUAGUAAAUGUUGCAUGAAAGUGCAUUGCACUUAGAAAAAUAGUCAGUCUAAAGAUUUAACCAAGGAACAUAGUGCUUACAACAAAUGUGCUAUUAAUCAAACAAAUCCAAUUUAAAUAUGUUCUGCCAUUCCGAUUUCUCUUCAAAUUGAUUAGCACUUCACCUCUACGACUUAGACUGUCUCAAGAUGUUCAAGUCUUAAUUCAGAAUAUGAAAUACAUUUGCUUUUUCCUCUUCUACCAUCACUUGUGUUUUACCUGUCCACUGAUAUCAUUAUUAAUUUCGGUCAUAUCUUAUAACAGUAUCCAAAUGUUAAAUUAACAGUAUCCAUGUGUUAAAUUCCAUCAAACGGACAUGUUUUAUUAUAUUAGGGACUGGUCAAUCAUUACAGUGGUGGGUGGGUCAGAGUCUUUUGAUGCAUGAAUGUACUGAAAAUAAUUUCCCUCCCUAGUGUUCGUCAUACUUUUUAUGCUCUUCACCAUGUCCUUAAGUUGUACAUUUUUUCUUGUCCUCCUCCUCCCCCCAAUAUGUGUAUUAUUACUUAUGGCCCUCCCCUAGAGACUGUCAUAUUUUUUGGUUUCCUCCAGAUUUCCUGAACCCCACCCACCCAUAGCUGACCUGUCCCUAACGUCCUUAGAAAGAAUGGGAUGUUGUUGCACAUGUUUCACAUGAAUUUAUCCGUGUUCAUCCUCAAACAUGUGGGUUGUUUGCACACUUUUAAAUUAAUAUAUUAUGAAUGUGUGUGAUGACAUAUUGUACUUUAGACUUUGCUUUUCUGAGUUAUUGAGCAGAAAAUAUCUUUCUUCACAUAAUGUGUGAUGUUGAAUGUUCUAUAUUCCUGUAUGUUUAAAAGUUAAAGAGUGUUGUUUGGAAUUCCUAUUCUGCUCUGGUUGUGGUGGUACGGACAAGUAUGUGGGUGAUAUAGCUGAUAUACAAUGAGUGAUACAAUAUGCAGGUCACAAUCAAAUUUGUUUUGGCUUUAUUUUUCAUCCACUUUGUGGUCAGUAAAUACAGUCUUAUCUCAUGAAGUCAGUUUAAAAAUAAUUAGGCAAUUCCCUUUGUUCUUUUAAGGGGGGUGGGGGUGGGUCACAAUUGCCCAGUCGUCAGAGCUGCAAUGAGUGUUGCAGAGGUGCGUCCCCUAGACAUGCCAGAAUCCUACAAGUAUGGGUUUUAAUCCUGGUUCACCCUGAUUGUGUUUCUCGGUUUGUCAGCACACCGGGCUUGUGGGUUUCACCAAAGCAUUAAAUGUCUAAGACCUACAUCACUUAAGGCAUCCUCCCACAUCAAGCUGACAAGCCAUGAUACAACUGAAAGUUUUCAAAGCAGCAUCAUACUCACUCACUCACCCUUUGUCCUUUUUGACUGAGUAUUUCUAAAAAAUUAAAAGGCAUGAAUUUCAGAAAUCUUUUGAAUGACAAUUCCAGCCUAAGACUUCAGCUACUAGUAUGAAGCCUAGGUUUAGUAAUUUUAUUUUGGUUUUGUAUGAUAGGCUAAUAAAAGCACUUACGGUCAGAUAAUAAUCGACUGAAAAUUACUCAAAAGAUUUUGGCUGUUUGGGCUAAAAUAUUUGGAAAUUUGUACUUUUCUGUUGAAAAACACUGUCAACUGGGAGGAUUGCUUUUUGGAGUGAAUCAGUAUUGUUCUUGUUGGAUUGAAGUUGUUACUAAGUGUAGGAUCUAAGAGGUUGAAUGCUCCGACUCACUACUGGUUUGAUACAAUUCUCUGUAUGUAUAUCCAUUUCACUGUAGUCGUAACCCUGAUGUGCACUGGCUGCAUGUUUACAACCUUACCACAUACCCACUUACUUCACAGCUGCCCAAAUUUGGAAUUUCAAAACCAUUUGAGGAUUUCCAUUUUUCUCUUGAAAACAUGUUUGUUAAUUGCAGUUAGAACUAUUGUUGGAGAAAUAGUGAAGUGAGUGGGUACAAUGUUGUUAUCAACUUAUUUUGUAUUCAAUUUACCAAGACAAUUAAUGAUCUCGGCUUAAGAACCAUCAUAAAAAUAAUAAUAAUCCCUAGCUAACAGUAUUGUAAGCAGUUACUGGUGUACAGUUUACUAACACACUUAAUGGCAUCGAUGCAAAGUCUGCAUUGAGAAUUUGUUGUUAGUGUGCUAACUCACAGGGCUCAUUCAACAGCUGUCAGCACCCAAGGCUAUAAAUUACCUUGUAAUGGUGGAUUAUCAUAUGCGUAUCAAGUGCUAUAUAUUCUGGUUAACCAGUUCAGUGUUAUAGCUGGUUACUGUCCAAUCUGUGUGAUAUAUCUAUAAACGUAUUACAACAUGGUACACUCUGCAGGCUCCAGCAGGUAGGAGAACACAGUUGAGUGAGCCCUAGUUUUUGGUAAGUAGUACCUCUGUACAUAUUUUGUGAUAAGGGAGCAGACUGUUUCCAUCAGAUUGGUACAUUAAUACUGCAGUCAAUAAACUAUUGAUUUCAA